CAACGCGGUGGCGGACAGGGCCAGCAACGUGAGCGGCAGGUACGCCACGGGCCAGGCCGGCUUCCCGCCGGACAAGAUCAACGUCUACGGCCUGGCGCAGUGCACGCCGGACCUGACGACGGCCCAGUGCCGGGCCUGCCUCGCCGGCAUCAUCAAACAGAUGCCCAAGUUCUUGAGCGAGGGUGGGCGGGAGGAUUCUUGGGGUGCGCUGCGCCGUCAGGUACGAGAAAGAUAUCUUCUUCGAGACCACCGGCGACAUGGUGACCCUCACGCCGCUGCUGGAUCCGUCCAAAGGGAGCAGCAACACGCACACGCUUUGGAUCGUGGCGAUAGCAGUCCCCGUGACCGUGCUCAUCUGCGGCUUCUUGGCAUGUUUCAUGUGGAUGAGAAGGCGAAGAAGAAGAGGGAGGGUGAACAUGCCAACCAUGUCCAUGGAGAUGGAGCAGGUGCUCAAGCUAUGGAAAAUCGAAGAGAGCGACUCCGAGUUCUCGCUCCACGAUUUCGACCAGAUCGCAGACGCCACCAGAAACUUCUCCGACGACUACAAGCUCGGCCAGGGUGGCUUUGGCGCUGUUUACAGGGGCGAACUGCCAGGCGGGCUUGAGGUCGCAAUCAAGAGGCUCUCUACGUGCUCCGUGCAGGGGUUGAUGGAAUUCAAGACCGAGAUCCAGCUGAUCGCCAAGCUUCAGCACACCAACCUUGUCAGGCUCCUGGGCUGCUGCCUCCAGGCCGAGGAGAAGAUGCUCAUAUACGAGUACAUGCACAACAAAAGCUUGGACUGCUUCAUCUUCGAUAGUGCGAAGGGGGCGAUACUGAACUGGGAGCGGCGCUUCCGAAUAAUCGAUGGGAUCGCGCAGGGGCUUCUUUACAUGCACAAGCAUUCCCGCUUGCGAGUUAUACACAGGGAUCUAAAAGCGAGCAACAUCCUCUUGGAUCGCGACAUGAACCCCAAGAUCUCGGACUUCGGUUUGGCGAGGAUAUUCUGCUCCAAUGUCACGGAGGCCAACACGACCAGGGUCGUCGGCACGCACGGUUACAUCGCUCCAGAGUAUGCUUCAGAGGGUCUCUUCUCCACCAAAUCCGACGUUUUCAGCUUGGGCGUCUUGCUCCUGGAGAUAAUAAGUGGGAAGAGGACUGCAGGCUUCUACCAGUACGGAAAGUUCUUCAAUCUCACAGGAUAUGCUUACCAGUUGUGGCAAGAGGCGAAAUGGCACGAGAUGGUCGAUCAGGUACUCGGGGUCGACUACCCGGUGACGGAGUUGAUGAAGUGCGUCCAGGUGGCGUUGUUGUGCGUCCAGGACAGCGCCGACGAUCGACCCAGCAUGUCCGAUGUCGUCGCCAUGCUCAGCGGCGAGGGGCUCACGCUGCCGGAGCCCCGACAGCCGGCCUACUUCAACGUUAGGUUAUCAAGCUUACCGGAGUCAAAUAGUUCCUUUGGUGAAUCGUCCUACAUCAGUAACGUCGCCUUGACUGAUGAAGACGGCAGAUAACAGGAGCAACUGAGCAAGUGUAGGCGGCCAAUCAACUUGUACUACUAACGAGGUAAUUAAUAAUUCACUAUACAUGGCUACUAUUCUCAUCA